AGGAUUUUACCCCAAUACACAGAGAGAGCGGGUAUUCUCGAAACUUGAAUUUUGUGGAAAGCGGAAAGCGGUGCAAGACUGGGGAGGAGAAAAAUGGUGGAAGAAGAACCAAAGGUCAUAGCAGAGGAAAUAAGAAGGGAGCAAGAAGAAGUGCUGUUGUCUCUCAUUGAACAACGUACUAAAGAUGUUGAAAAUCUUCGCAAGCGCAUCUCUUAUUACACUUCUCAGCUUGAUCAAGCAGAGAGGAAUUUAGAGGAGUCACAACAGAAACUUGCUAGCCUCCGGGGUCGGGUCAAUGUGGCAACAUCCACUAGCUCUCAUGGGAAUGAUUUGAAUCCGGUGAAAGCUAAAAUAAGAUCCAUCAGUCUUAUUCAGAUAAAUGAUGAUUCUCCUGACAAAGAGAUCAUCACAGCUAGGAAAUCUUCAGCAGUUGAUAGAAAAAUAGCAAGCCCUUUUCAGAAAAACAAUGAUAAUUCCGCGAAGCCGCCCACGGCAAAGCCACUACUUAUCAUUCCUGACGUGAGACCAAAGGUUUCUCAGCCUUUGAAGAUGGUAGAACCUAGUUCCGCCCUAUGUGGAUCUGAUUCUUGUGCUGGAGGGUCAGGUUUUAAUUUUCGUAACACUCGCAUUGCAAGGUCAAAAGCAGAUACGAUUGUGGAAACCCCUCCUGACAUUGUGGCUGCUGAGAUUCAACCUAAAGGAACAAAAAGGAAGUUUGAACAGAAUGAGUGUAAAGAGUUGAUUCCAUUGAUAGGUAGGUCCGCUACAGCAAGUGAGAUCCAUUGCCAGACGUGCAAUUUCAUACCUAGUCAACACAAGCGAAAGAUUAGAACUAUUGUCUUGUGCCCUACGAAUGAUCAACUUUUUGCGAGCAGUGCACUGGAUGGGGUUGUCAACUUGUGGCAGGUGCAGGACAGGGGGUCAAGUGCCAAUCUUCUCAGUAGCACUGAUUGCCUUUCGCGCGAGUGUAGAAGAUGGCCAGAAGAUGUAGCGUGGCAUCCGAAAGGCACUAGUCUCUUUUCUGUGUACAGCGCUGAUGGUGGGGAUUCACAAAUUUCAAUCUUGAAACUUAACAAGGGAAAAGAGAUUACGCGAGUAAAUUUCUUGGAGGAGAAGCCUCAUGUCAAAGGGAUCAUUAACAGCAUAAUGUUCAUGCCAUGGGAAGAGGACUGUUUUGUUACUGGUGGUAAUGAUCAUGCAGUUGUCUUGUGGACCAAUAAAGAUGGAGAAAAUUCAUGGAAGCCUAAAGUGUUGCCUAGAGGGCAUUCUUCUGCUGUAAUGGGAGUUGCUGGUUUGCAGCAUAAGAAAGUUGUGAUGUCUGCUGGUGCCGAUAAACGUAUAUUAGGAUUUGAUUUACCAGCUCAGAGGAUAGAAUACAAGCAUCAACUAGAAAGCAAAUGCAUGAGUGUCCUGCCUAAUCCACAUGACUUGAAUCUUUUUAUGGUUCAGACAGGGACCUUAGAGAAACAGCUUCGCUUGUUUGAUUUUAGAUCGAGGCAAGCCGAGAUUCAUUCCUUUGGGUGGAAACAAGAAAGCAGUGACUCGCAUUCGGCUCUUAUAAAUCAGGCUUGGUCACCUGAUGGUUUGUACAUUUCAUCUGGCUCUGUUGAUCCUGACAUUCACAUAUUUGAUAUACGGUACAAUUCUCACAAACCUUCCCAGUCCAUUCGAGCUCAUCAUAAGCGAGUCUUCAAAGCUGUUUGGCACCACACUCUCCCGCUCCUCAUUUCUAUAUCUUCUGAUUUGAACAUUGGAUUGCACAGAAUUUUAUGAGGUGCUUAAAGAGGUGUGCUUCCUUUUCUUUUUA